AUGAGGAUGACACUCACUCGUGGAAGGCAGCGUUUACAGAGACACACGAGAAUACACAUCGGUGAUAACCCUUAUAAAUGCGAUGUAUGUUGUAAAGGAUUUACUCAGAGGCAGAACUUACAGAGACACAUGAGAAUAAGUUCAGUAAGAGAACUUAAUAGACAUAUGAGAACACAUACUGGUGACAAACCCUUUAAAUGUGAUUUAUGUAAUCAAGAGUUUACUGAAAGUGGUAACUUACAGAAACACAUGAAAACACAUACUGGUGAUAAAUCAUUCAAAUGUGAAGUAUGUGGCAAGGGAUUUAGUCAGAAUCAUAGCAUACAGAAACAUAUGAAAACACAUACUGGUGAUAAUACAUUUAAAUGUGAAGUAUGUGGCAAGGGAUUUAGUCAGAAUCAUAGCAUACAGAAACAUAUGAAAACACAUACUGGUGAUAAACCAUUUAAAUGUGAAUCCCCUACCGACGAAGUGGCCUUAUGUCCAACUGGGGAUGAAGAGGAUAAGUAA